GUUGAGAAGAAGAGAAGAUAUAAAAUAAAUGACUGCAUACAGGAACUCGCCCAACUGCUACCUGUCUCCUAUGAUAUAGAUUUGAACAAGAAGAAGGGUUACAUAUUGGAGAAGUCAGUUGAGUACAUCCAGAAGCUGCAGGCCGACCGAGCCAAGAAGAUUGAGUUGGAGAGGAGGCACAGAGAGCUGGAGAAGCAGAACAGGAAAUUGUUACUGGAAUUACAGGUUUUUCUUGCAGUCGAUGACCACUGCUGCUAUAAUAUAUAG